AUGGAUGAGGAGGUUUUAGUGGAAGAGGCGCAGAGGUGGAAGGAUCAGUGUUUAAUAUGUGCAAAUGGCAAGCGGGAGUUUGACCAUGAGCUGUACCAGUGUCCCCACGAGGAGAGCCAGGAGGCAAAGAGAUGGAUGAUGACAGUGCGGAGCAAGAUCAAAUACACACGGUAUUCCGGGUGCUUCCGAUGCGGGAUGCCGCAGUCCAUAUGCAACAGCUGGAAGACACAGAGGCAGUGUCCGUACAGGGGAUUUUUGAUCCCGACAGUGGCAAUGAUGAUGUAUGGGUGUCAUGCAGGGCAGAUGAAGCAGGCGUGGAGACAGCGGCUGAGAGAGUUCAAUGUGGAUGCAGAUGAUCAGGAGGCGGUGAUUGAAUUUUUGGGACAGAAGGUUGAGGGGCAGGGCAUGGAGCACAACCGGCUGGUGGAGAUGGUGGAUUUCCGGGGGAGGAUCGAGUUUGAGGGUACAGAGGUCAAGUGA